AUGCCGCGAACAUCAUCUUAUUCUUAUACAUCACAAACAACGAUACCACCGGUAACUAUACCGUCAAGAAUUACUUAUCAAACGCAUGAUGGGAGAUCCACAUAUCCACCAGGACCUGACCAACAUACAACAUCAUUUACUUAUUCUACUCCCGCAACAAUACGUACACCAGGUUAUACAUAUACAACUCAAACAAGGCCGACUUUAUCGCCACCAACAAUCCAAACAAAGCCACCAAUAGAGGUUUCAACAGGAUAUACUUAUCCAAGACCUGAUAGUCAAUUUAAGCUGCCAUCUCAAACUCAACCGUCUUAUGAAAGACCAAGCGGGUCAUUUACAACACCAAGAACACCAGCGCCAUCAUCAUUUUUCCCAUCAGAAAAGCCAAGACCUUCUACUUUUUCGCAAAGACCAACAGUCCCAUCGUACAAACCAAAUGAUUACGACAUUUAUCCACAAACAUUCCCGCCAGGACCAAAAGUAACACCGCCAUCCAAAACGCCAACUUAUGAUUACCCACAACCACCUCCAACAUCAUUCCCACCGUCGCAAUCCAAAAUACCAGGCUAUGAUUAUCCACGACCACCUCCAGGAUCACCAUCACCUUUUCCACAACCACAGCCACCGAAAACUCAAACUCCUGCCCCACCUUUCCCACCAAGACCUGCCUCAUCACCCAAAACGCCAGGUUACGAUUAUCCAGAACCAUCAUCACCUUUUCCACAACCACAGCCACCGCAAAACUCCAGCUCCUGUCCCACCUUUCCCAUCAAGACCUCCCUCACCACCCAAAACGCCAGGUUAUGAUUAUCCACGACCAGCUCCAAGACCACCAUC